GUGGUGUGUCGGUGUACUUUAGUGGAGUGCGUGGUGGUGUGUGUUCUGCGUUGAUGUUGACUUGUUUGCGCGUUUUGUUGAGGCGCCGAAGUUCAAUUGGCGUUGAUCCUGCGCUUCGCAGUUGCCAUGGCUUUGUUUUAGCACGCAGGACAACUGCUUCUAAAGUUCCUGACUCAAGAAUGCGGGUCUUGAAUGUGGCCGAAAAAAACGAUGCCGCUAAGAAUAUCGCAGAACUCUUGUCGCAAGGACGUGUUCAGCGACGCGAAGGACUGUCGAAGUAUAACAAGAUUUACGAGUUUGAUUACAGGAUAUUCAACAGUAUGUGUAGGAUGGUCAUGACGUCCGUGUCGGGACAUUUGUUGAACCUGGAUUUUGUGAGUGGCUACAGAAAAUGGCAUUCUUGUGCUCCAUCAGAGCUUUUUGAUGCUCCGGUUGCAGAGAUAUGCCCCGACCAAAAAUAUGAACUUAUAAAGCAGACACUCGAGAGGGAAGUAAGGUACUGUGAUACGCUUAUCAUAUGGACUGAUUGUGACCGAGAAGGCGAGAACAUUGGAUUUGAGAUCAUUGGCGUCUGCCGGAAAGUGAAGCCAAAUCUGAGAGUGUACAGAGCUCGGUUCUCUGAAAUCACGCCUGCUGCAGUGACACGUGCAGUUGGCAACUUGACUGACCCUGAUCCAAGGCUCAAUGCAGCCGUGUACGUGCGCAGAGAGCUUGAUCUCAGGAUAGGUGCUGCAUUCACUCGGCUGCAAACUCUUCGUCUGAAGCGCGAGUUUCCGCAAGAAUUGGGUGACCGCCUUGUCAGCUACGGUAGCUGUCAAUUUCCUACUCUAGGAUUCGUGGUUGAGAGAUAUAGAGCCAUCCUCAACUUUGUUCCAGAGCCUUUUUGGAAAAUUGAAAUGAACCAUUCAAAGGAUGACAUAAAAGCAGAAUUUUCAUGGAAGCGGCACCGGCUGUUUGACUACCACGUCUGUUUCUUGCUGUAUGAGCGGUGCCUGCAUGGUAAUCCUCUUCAAGCAAAAGUGGUUGAAGUAAAAAGUAAACCAAAGUCAAAAUGGCGGCCACAACCUAUGGACACUGUGGAGCUGGAGAAGCUGGCAUCCAGGAAACUUCGUAUGUCGGCCAAGGACACGAUGCAAGUGGCUGAAAAGCUUUAUACUGAUGGCUUCAUUAGCUACCCACGUACUGAAACCACCAAGUUCCCAGCCGACCUCAACCUGAGGCCUCUUGUGGAAGCCCAAGCACAGGACCCACGUUGGGGAGAUUUUGCGCGUCGUCUGUUGCAAGAUGGUUUGACUCCACGGCAGGGCAACAAAACAGACCAGGCUCAUCCACCUAUUCAUCCAGUCAAAAGCGCCCCUGGCUUGGAGGGCAAUGCUAAAAGAGUGUAUGAGCUUGUGGUGCGCCAUUUCCUUGCCUGCCUUUCUAAGGAUGCCGAAGGAAAGGAGACGACUGUGGAAGCAGAUCUUAAUGGCGAACGUUUCAUUGCCACUGGCCUUGUCAUAUUUGCCCGAAACUAUUUGGAAGUCUACAUAUAUGACAAAUGGAAUGGAAAGGAAAUUCCGAGCUAUCAGGAAGGCGAAUGUUUUGUUCCGGACUCUGUCAAGAUGUCUGAAGGAGAAACAACACCUCCUCCUUUGUUGCGGGAGGCUGAUCUGAUUGCUCUCAUGGAGAAACAUGGCAUAGGCACUGAUGCCACCCAUGCUGAACAUAUUGAGACAGUAAAGAAUCGACUCUACGUGGCUUUGACGGGUGAUGGCUACCUAGUUCCUGGUGAACUCGGAAUGGGAUUGGUUGAAGGUUACGAUUCCAUGGGUCUCGAGAUGUCAAAGCCCCACCUGAGAGCAGAACUAGAAGCUGACCUUAAAAAGAUAUGUGAAGGUGUAAAAAAUGCUAAAGAUGUGUUAAGACAUCAAGUGAAUCUCUACCGGGAUGUCUUUUAUGAUUCAGAACGACAGAUUAAAAAAUUGGGGGAAGCUCUCAAGAGGUACCUGGGCACUGGGCAGCAGAGUUCUUCUCCUCCAGGACCCAGACAAAACAAUGCACGAGCAGGCUCUGUACGGAACAGCAACAACUCUGCUGCUCAACCACAGAAUCGACGAGGAGGCACCACAGGUGGCACUGGUCGUAGAUGUGGCAUUUGCAAUGAAGAAGGACAUGAUCGACGACGCUGUCCACAAAGGCCCCCGUAAGGUGUUAGCUGGAAGCAUGCAGCACACAUUGGACAAAUCUCGUUUUGGGUGAGAGGCUAAUAGCUACUGUAAUAUAAUCUUUACACUGAUUUUAGUGUUGUAUCUUAGAAAAACUACAGAAUUUUUAUCCUGUUACUUACACAGCUUUGAGAAUAAACUCCAAUAUUUAUUCUAC